CAGAGCCUGGCCGGGCAGGUGGCAGAGGAGAGGGGGCCGGGUGGCACACAGGUUCUGCGGUGCCCCCGCCUCCGCUGCCCGUUCCCUGGAACUGCUCAGACCAAAGGAUGGCACUGAACUCGGACCCACCCCCGGGCACUGGGCCUUUCUAUGAGAACCAUGGCUACCAACCAGAGGGCCCAUACCCGCCACCACCCGUCGCCUCAGCUCCACACGUCUACACCGUGUAUCCGACUCCGUACUACCCGACUGCAGUGUCCCAUUACAUGCCACAGGUUCCAACGCAACCCCCAGCACCCGUGAUCCACGCGCAGCCCAAAUCGUCCCUGGAAGCGCCGCAUUUCUCAAAGACCAAGAAGGUGCUGUGUGUGCUGCUGGGCCUGGGUGCGGUGCUGGUGGCUGUGGCGCUGGCCGCAGUGCUGCUGUGGAACUUCUGUGAGUGUUGGGACAGCAGCUGCUCUAUGCGAGGGAUGGAGUGUGGCUCCUCCAACAUCUGCGUCAGCCCCUCCCAUUGGUGCGAUGGCGUCCUGCACUGUCCCGAGGGCGAGGAUGAGAACCGUUGUGUCCGACUGUAUGGACCCAACUUCAUCUUGCAAGUGUACUCGGCCCAGAGGAAGUCUUGGUCUCCCGUGUGCCAGGAGGACUGGAAGGAGAGCUAUGGGCAGGCUGCGUGCCAGGACAUGGGCUACUGGAACAGCUUCUAUUCCAGCCAAGGCGUCAAGGAUGACAGCGGAGCCACGAGCUUCUUGAAAUUGAACCGGAGCGCUGGCAAUGUGGACCUAUACAAGAAGCUCUACCACAGUGAUGCCUGCGAGAUGAAGAAGGUGGUCUCCUUGCGCUGCAUAGAAUGUGGUGUCACCGAGUCUUCAGGCCGCCAGGCCCGCAUCGUGGGUGGCAACGUGGCCCGCCUGGAGGACUGGCCGUGGCAAGUGAGCCUGAAGGUGCAGGACACGCAUGUGUGCGGCGGCUCCAUCAUCACCCCUGAGUGGAUCGUCACGGCUGCCCAUUGCUUGGAGAAGCCUCUGAACAAUCCCCGCUACUGGAGGGCCUUUGUGGGGACCCAGAGCCAGUCCUUCAUGCUGUACGGAAGCGGAUACCGGGUGGCCAAGGCCAUUCCGCAUCCUGACUACGACUCCAACACCAAGAACAAUGACAUUGCGCUCAUGAAGCUACAGACGCCCCUGCCUCUCAGCGACCAAGUGAGACCCGUGUGCCUACCCAACCCGGGCCUGCAGCUGGACCCCACACAGCCCUGCUGGAUCUCGGGCUGGGGUGCCACAUCGGAGAAAGGGAAGACGUCAGACCUGCUCCACGCUGCCCAGGUGCGUCUCAUUGAGCCAAGGAUUUGCAACAGCCGUCUGGUCUAUAAUGGUUUGCUCACACCAGCCAUGAUCUGUGCUGGCUUCCUGCAGGGCCAGGUGGAUUCCUGCCAGGUGAGUGGAGCGGGGUCCCAUGGGGUGGCGGGCUUGGACCCC